AUGGAAUAUAUACCUCCGGAAUACCGAAUCCUCCGCGAUGGUUCCGUCUUCCUGCAUCACCAUGAGCCUGGUUUUCAUAUUUACUAUUCUGUUGCGACCAUACAGUAUGAUAAUCUUCUCCACAUGCAGAGGGCUUGUGAUAAUCAGCUCCAUAGCAUCGUCGCUGAUGGGAUGCACUCGCUGCAUCCAAAAUCGCUCGGUUACCAAGCACAGCUUUACUGUGUGCAUGGCGUGUGCGACCGAGGCGUGGAAAUUCCGUUGCUGUACUGCAUUACAGCCAAGAAGACGGAGAGGGUGUACUUGAAGAUCUUCGAGGAACUGAGAACGCAUAUUGUUGGUGAUGCCCCGAGAAGAGUCGUCUUAGAUUUCGAAAAGGCCGCUAUAAGCGCCGCCCGAAAAACCUUCCCAAGGGCAAGAGUGGAAGGCUGUGCCUUCCAUCUUGCACAAGCAUGGAACCGUAAAAGAAACGAGCUUGAACUAAAGCAAUACAUUCAGGGAGGGGAGAGAGACGAGCGAAUCGUUCAGUGGCAUGGUCUUCCUUCCGGAUCCUCUACUGCCGCAAGUCCGACCCUGAGGGGCCCUCCCGUUCCAAACGAUCACAUCGCCUACAAAAGAUGUGGAGAUUUCAUCUCCUAUUUACGUACAACCUGGAUGGAUGGGCCGUUUAAGGGGUUAUGGUGCAAAUGGAAGCUCACGGAGUUGCGGACAACGAACUUGGCUGAGGCGUUUCACAGGAGACUAGGACUGCUUAUCAACGGGGACCAUCCACCACUGAAUGCCCUCAUUGAAGCUCUCCGUAAGCUGAACUAUGAAGCAGGAGCAGCCUUAAGACGCCUCCAGGAAGUUGAGAUCUUGACCACUAUUGCACUGACUCUUUUCAGUGAUCUUUCUAUUCACAGGAUCCAGAAGACGCCAGAAAGUUGCUAA